UACUGUUAGUGCAAGUGUAACGUGAACACAUGGCGGAAAGUCUUGUAAAAUCACACCAUAAUGAUUCAAAUAAUACUGAAAAUUGUCGACUUGAAAAGAAGAAUAUUGAUGCAUUCAAAAUUUUCCUAUCGAAAUUGCAGACUGCCACAUACGAACCUGUGGUGUUUUUAUAUCAAACAUGUUACAUGAUAACAAUCGCCACUUCCCAAAACGUGAUGUUAGAGAAAGCGUGUAGAGUGAACUUAAACCUUGGUGACGAUAUCUGUACCUCUCUCAGACUUCAAAACCAAAGUGAAAGUCUCAAACAUCACGAAGAAAUUCUGCAGAAAUACGUAGCGCCCAGUGUCACCCUGCGCACGUACACGAUACUUAGUGUACCGUGUAUCCUACUACUUUUGACAGGGUUCUUCAGCGAUAACACUGGGUAUAGAAAGAUAAUACCAAUGAUCCAAAUAGUGGCACAGAUGCUCAUAUGCGUGAACAAUUUGGUGCAAGUUUAUUUUAUGAAAGGAACUGGCCUGUAUUUCUUCGUGGCAGCUGAAGCGUUGUUGGAAGGCUUGGGAGGAGGAUAUGCAUCUGUGCAGAUGACAGCAUUUUCUUACGUGGCGAAAGUAACGAGCGUGGAAGAGAGAACAUUCAGGAUCGGUCUGUUAUACUUUGCUCAAUCAGUAGCUGUUCCAGUGGGUCUGGCGAUUGGUGGUCCCUUACUGAAACAUUAUGGUUAUUACUGGUGCUACAGUUUGUCUGGAUGUUUAAAUCUCAUCAAUUUUAUGUAUAACUUGUAUUGGAUCAAAGAAGCCAAAAGAAGUAUUGAGCAAAAACAGCACGACGGCCGAGGAUUCGUCUACUUUCUCCGCCUCUUCUUUGACUUCACGAACAUCAGGGAGACGGUGCGCGUCGUGUUUAAAAGGGGACCGAACAAUCGACGCAUACGCAUCUGUAUCAUGCUGGCCAUAGUCAGCAUCCUUUAUGGACCUGCGUAUGGGGAACUAUCCGUAAUAUACAUGUCAACGAGGUACCGGUUCGGUUGGGAUGAAUUGCAGUUCAGCAUCUACCAGACAUACAAUUUUGUUACUCACACCCUUGGUACGGUGUUCUCUCUCGUUGUAUUCAGCAAGAUAUUGAAAUGGCACGAUUCCUUGCUGGGCAUCAUUUCCACGAUAAGCAAGAUCGUUGGCUCCUGCGUAUACUGCUUUGCGGCCACGGCAACGAUAUUCUACAUAGCUUCUAUGGUGGAAAUCUUAAACGGAACGUCUCUUCUAGCAAUGAGAUCUAUCAUGUCAAAAGUAGUGGACCCAGAAGAAUUGGGUAAAGUAAACUCCAUAUUUGGGCUGACUGAGAACCUGAUGCCUUUGAUCUUCGUGCCGCUGUACACCACCGUGUACACCCAAACCAUGGAGGUACUGCCAGGUGCUGUGUUCCUCAUAGGAGCUAGCACGUCUGUACUAGCAGCGGCUGUUUUUUUUGUAAGUUAACAGAAGCGGGUAGAGCACAACCAAAAACAUGAAGUUUUAUUCAUUAAAUUAUACGAGUUUUUGCCAAAAGUACAAGUAAGCAUGAGAAAUGAAAGGGGGUCACUUGGAAAGAAAAUUUUCAACCUAUUUUCAUUGCUUUUUCCUAUUAAAUUUCCGCGUAGAAAUCGUUAAACAUAAGAUUUCCAAACACUAUUUCCCCCUUAGGGAACGAUUUAUGAGACAAAGUCUAUUAUAUUUUUCUUAUACUACGUCGGUGGCAAACAAGCAUACGGCCCGCCUGAUGGUAAGCAGUCUCCGUAGCCUAUGUACGCCUGCAACUCCAGAAGAGUUACAUGCGCGUUGCCGACCCUAAACUUGCCCCCCCCCCCCCCCCUUCGUUAUUAUCUAUUCAAUUUAUUAUUCACUUGAAAAUUAUCUGUGCGUCAGAUUUCUUUUAAAUUCCAGUCCUGCAGCGUCAUAAAUAACAUAAAUUUGUAUCAUGGAAACAAGACUACUAUGCAAAUUAACUUACGGCCCGAUUCAAAGAAUGAUUAAGACACGUUUAAGAUCUUGGAAAGAUCUUUAAAUGAUCUCUAAACACCAUGUCAAAAUUGACGUUUAUUUCGAUUCCGCUGUGAUCCCAAUAAGAUCUAAGUGACAUUGGUUGCCCGAAUCGAGCUGCUUCUGUCAAUUAUACGACAUACAAACGAUAAUAUAUUAUACAUUAUUAGACAUACAUAACUAAGAUAAUAUUUAUAACUAGCUGUGCCCGCGGCUCCGCCCGCGUGGUAUUCGGUCUGUGUCAGUAACCGGCUCAUUCACCGCUAAUUUCUCUGCCUCUCCCCUGGAGGUGGAACUUGAAGUAAAGUUGAUAGAUGGAUACGCUAGAGGACUGUAGUCUAGAUAAAAUAUUUUACAAUUAGGUACCACUUAAUAAAACUACACUCCAAAAUCAAUUGUUAUUUUUUUCAAAUUCGUCCUUAUUAAAAUUUUUGACGUGAUUUAAACGACAUAGAGUAGUAGAUGUAUAUCGGACAAUACAGUUCCACUUUUGUAUUUUUUUUACGUCCUUGACUGUACCUAUCCAAAUCAUGUCCAUGGAAAAUAUCAUCCAAAUCGAUGCUCCAGACCAAUCAGUCUAAGCAUGAAAUGGUAAGAAAUAUACCCAUAGAAAUUCAUACUUCCGAACACAAUCGAAUUUAGGUGUAAUACCUAUUAGUUAGAAGUAGGAUUAGAGGAAAGGAGAAUACUCGUAGAAAUCAAAAACUUGAGGCCGAGUAUUUACAUUUUGUUUACAGUUAUGUUUAUAUAUGCACAACUAAAUGUAUACAUAUAAUUAUAUCUACAGUUACAUACUAAUAAGUAGGUAUGUAAUAGUUAUUUACAUAACAUUGACAUUUUACAAUAUUUAUUUGUACACCACAUUGCGAGUUUCCCCGGCGGGCAUCAGCACGAAUAGCUCCGUGCAGCUGGUAAUGCGCGAGCACGCCACGUAGAGCUGCCCGUGCGAGAAGCAGCCCGUGCACAGGUCCACGCCAGCGGCGCGCAGCGUCUGCCUCUGCGACUUAUUGAUGUUCAUGGCGAAGCAGACGCUCACGGAGAACUGUAGGCGCUUGAAGUGGAACGGGAAAUUGCUCAGGAUGAGGGGGAUGCGCGGGAUCAACACGACUUCUGCGGCGCCGCACCCCGUCAGGAUCUGCACCUCAAUGAGGUUUCGCUGCAGCUGCACUACUUUUAGCUGAGUUCCGUUGCAUAACUUCGGAGGCGACAAUUCCGAAGAAGCAUGAUUGGAACUCCAACUUUCAGGGUUAAUGUGUGUGCUGGGAGUCCUGAAGCACUCAAUGAGCUAAGGAACUCUACCGGGUAUGUUGUGACAUUGCCUUCAUCCAAGACAGUGUUAAUGGAAUUAUAUACUGCAUGUUCACCUUCGAUUUCCUGCCUGCUCAUUUUUCUGCGUGAACAUGGACCGUUCCUCUAUGGGCGUGAGUAUGGAUCUCUCACAAACCCAAGGAUGGCUCAGGUCUCCGUGCACGCUACGAAUGAGGUUUUCAAUGGAUGGAACGAUGCUGCAUAACGUCUCUGGUAGUUACUAUUCGCUAUAGUUUCGUAACCUCCGUUCCGUUGCGAGACUUUGGUGAAAGGUUCGCUUUUUUUCGGGAAGGUAUUUUCAGUUUUUAGUUCUUAUGGCAUUUUAACGCGUAUAAAAUGCGUGUCCCAAAUCGUUUGACAUUUACACCGCAAACAUCAGAGAAUUUUUUUUUCAUAGUACCCACCUUAGUAGCCAUUAUUAAGUGCUUAAAAGAGGCGAUACGUAUGAAUAUGGAUACGAUAAAAUUACGAUUAGGUAAUUCAUGACGGAGAAAAUAUUUUUUUUUAAAUAAUUAUGCAGUUAUACGCGUGUUGAUAUGUGUGUUGAUUUUGCCACCAUUUAAUUGUGUAAGUAAACUCAUUUUUGACCGACUUCCAGAUUUCAAAAGGAGGAGAAUCGAGGGAACUCUUCAAAUAUGAAAGUCAUACAUAUAAUGAUUUUUGUAUUUUCUUUAACAAAUCUAGCAUUUACAUUUUAAAAAGUGACAUUUGAUGAAGUGGAACUGCUGAUGAUGAUCAGAAUGGAACUCUUCAACGAUACACAGUACACGUUUGGCGAUUUGUCCUCUUCGCUGUGUUUGUUAAGUAAAUUAGAUUUUCAAGACAAAUUUUUGUCAAGUUCGAGUUCUGACGAUGGGGUCCAUGAGCAAUCGAGGGAACUCUUCAAAUGUGAAAGGCAUAUAUAUAGUGAUUUUUGUAUUUUCAUCAACAAAUCAAGUAUUUACAUUUGUAGAAGUGGAACUGUUCAUGAUGAACAGAAUGGAACUCUUCAACGAUGCAUAGUUCACGUUUGGCAAUUUGUUCUCUGUGCAUGUUUGUCAAGCAGUUAGGUUUUCAAGAUACAUUUUUAUAUUUCUAUCCUAUUUAGUUUUUUUUAUAAUUAUCUGGUGCUUUAUUUCAUGCAUGGUGUGAAAUAAUUUAUCUUAAAUACAGUCGAAUACUCUAUUGCGGGUAUCUUACCAGUCAAUCAUAGGGCAAAUCUGAAAUGUGUCAAGGUGGGUGCAGUGACAAAAAAAAAAUGUUACCUCCUUUUCUACAUAAUUAGGCGUAGGACGCUGUCUUUUUAAUUUAAUUGUAUGAAAUCAAAAAUCAACAAUAAUCGUUCUUUCACCGAUCUACCUCAUUGAAGUCGGUUUUUUUCUUUUCUUCUAUCUUUAGAGUUAAUUUGACAAAAUCCUUCUUCGGUGGCUUAAUUUCAGCACCAUAUCUGUUAGUUUAGCAGGGUACUCGAUACUCGUAGCACAUAUUUGUUGUAAAAGUUUGCACCUCCUUCCUAAGUAGCGCCAUAAGAUUCAGGUGCAAACUUAACUCAAUCGAGUGUAGUGGCUACCCCCCCUUCUAGCGGUUGAAUUUUUAUAGCCUAUAACUUGGCCGGGCAUUUUCUCGACAGAUUAGUAAAGUUUGCAUCAAAAUCCGUUCAGCCGUUUUCACGUGAUGCGAGGUCAAAUAAACAGACAAACAGAAAAACAGACAAACAGACAAAAAUUCUAAAAACUGUUGGAACGUGUUCUGUUAACGAUUCUUAGUAUCCCCAGGCUACUUUUUUUCGAAUAUCUUCCAUGUACAGACUUUCGACCCCCUUCAGCUUUAUUAUAUGUAUAGAUGACAGUUUGAAUAUCUUUAAUACACAGUGAUAUAAACACACAAAUCUUAACCUCAAUUAAACUCAAUUAAACACCUAACCUAGCAUACACUAAAGACUACAUACAUAAUAAUUAAGUAAAAACUAACUCACGUACUACCUAUAUAAAAUAAUUUAAACUUAAAUUAUCUGUUUUCAGCUGGCUAUUUUAUGAACACAGAAAUAAAGAACUGAGUCGAUUAAAUAAAGAAGAAAUUGGUGUCACAGAGCCUCUGAAUGGUGCCGAAGCAAUACCAUUAAAUAAAGAUAAUCAUGAAGCUUGUUGAAAAGUUAAGUGUCAUGUAGAAUAAAUACUUAUAUUGUAGAAAUGUUAUUUGUAAGUGAGUCAAAUUGUCGUGUUGUAAACACAAUAAAUAAUCAAACCAAUAAAUGUUCAUAUUUUAAUACAUGUAAAUAAAUAAUUUCGAAUAAAACCACA